AUGCCAAGAGUGUUUAAAACCCCCAGACAUAAAGAGAUUGCACUGGAGGCUGUCUUCAGUCAAGUGGCUUCUGCUCAGAAGCAUGCACCUCACCAAAAAGCCUCUACACCUGGUGGUGAGAUGAUGGUCCAUGAGGAUCCUCCUGCAUCUGUAUUCACUCCAGCAUUGAAUUCCUUGGCUGCAAGUAUGGUCUCUCCACCCACUGAAUGUCUCAGGACUCCAGUCUUCAUGCUGACUGCAUCUUCUUCCACUGAAGAACUAGCUGCCCUAUUUGUUUUUGAUCUCAAGCCCACCAUCAGGACUAUGGUAACCCUAAAGAAUACACCUACUGCUGCAGCCCCUCUGUCUGAACAGGAUGUCACAAUGGAUGAAUACACUGCACUAUCUGAGAUGGAAUCAGACACAGAUAACCUGUUCAACUUCAGGGAUGUCAAUCUCUCAGAUGUGGAAAUUGGCUCAACUGCCAAUUUCAUCUCUAUCUAG